AUGCCUCUCGAGCUCGACAUCGUCGUCGUGGGCGCCGGUAUGGCGGGCCUGGCCACUGCAAUAUCCCUACGUAAAUCUGGACAUAAGGUCACAGUGCUCGAACAAGCCGCUGAGUUCGGCGAGAUCGGAGCGGGAGUUCAAGUCCCACCCAACGCCGCCCGGGAACUGAUUCGCUGGGGCUUGGAAGACGAGAUGGAGCGCAUUGCAUCGAAACCCGGGCUGCUCAACUACCGCAACUGGAAGACUGGCGAGGCGCGCGGCAUAAGCGAGCUGUCCACACACAGGGCGCGCUUCGGCGCACCGUACUGGCAAGUGUACCGUCCAGACUACCACUCCAUCCUGCUCAAGGCAGCGCUCAAAGCCGGCGCCACGCUGCGUCCCGGCUGCACUGUGACCGCCUACGAGCCAGAGCAGGGCACGGUGGUGCUGGAGUCGGGCGAGCGCGUGGUGGGAGACCUGGUCGUGGCGUGCGACGGCGUGAAGAGCAUCGCGCGGGCGGCGAUGGGCCAGGACGUCGAGCCGCACGAGACGGGCGACACGUGUUUCCGGGCAGUGAUUCCGGGGGAGGUGUUGCGGCGGGAUCCUGAGCUGGCGUCGCUGGUGACCACGCCGGGGUUCGAGCAGUGGCUUGGUCCUGACCACCACAUCAUCGGGUACAACAUGCAGAAAGAAGCGACAUACAACCUCCUCAUGGUGAUCCCCGACGACAACACAAUGGUCGGCUACAAAGCGCCAGCCAGCGCCUCCGAAGUGCGCACCGCCUUCGCAGGGUGGAACCCAGUCUGCACCAAACUCCUCACCCUCGUCCCCCCCGACCUCGAGCGCUGGCGCCUCAUCGACCUAAAACCCGUCUCCAAAUGGCUGCACCCCUCGUCCCGCCUCCUCCUAAUCGGCGACGCCGUGCACGCCACGCUGCCCUACCUGGCCCAAGGCGCCGCAAUGGCCAUCGAAGACGCCUCCGCGCUCGGUUUCUGCCUCUCUUCGACCCGCACGCGGUCCCGCGCCGACAUCGCGCCCGCGCUGCGUUUCUUCCACGACCUGCGGCGCGGGCGCGCGCACGCGAUCCAGAGGGGUUCCUGGGCGAAUCGGUUUUUCAUCCAUAUGCGGGAUGGGCCGCAGUGGGAGAUGCGGGAGGAGGUUUUUCGGGCGGGGGAUUACCCCGGGAGUCCGAAUUUGAUGGCGGAUAGCUUGUUUCAGGAGUGGUUGUAUGGGUAUGAUGUCGUGCGAGAUGCGGGGGAGAGGUGGGAGGGGAGGGCGGGGGGGAGUGCGAGGUUGUAG